AGUCACGACUGUCACACUACUCUUUGAUAAGAUGGCAGAGGGAGGUAUUCCGAAUAAACGAUUUCGAGACAAGCCUCAUAGCUCUCUAUCUUGCUUCGCAAUGCGCCUAAAACCUGGGCAGGAAAUAAGAGAAUGCCUUCUUAGUUACGUAAAGGAAAACAAUCUGAAGGCCCCUUUCGUUCUUUCGUGCGUGGGAAGCGUGACUAGUGCUACUCUUCGACUUGCCAAUGUUUCUAAAGACACCCCGAACGAGGUGAGUUAAUAUUCAUCAUUGUCCGAGAAAGAAGCAACAGAGCACUCUUAUGUAAACUUCUUUCACGAAAUGAGCUGAAAUGCUACUCUUUCUCAUCGAACUUGGUGUGAAUGCAGGGCAGUCUCUGCACAAAGAGUGCGUGUUGGAAAACUUAGAAAAUGCCGGUAGAAAUCGGUAGUUGUGAAAAAGUCCAGAAAAAAACUAGGUAUAUGAAAGGGACUACCAUUUGUCAGUAGAAGGUAUACGAAAGGUUAAGUCGUUUGACUUCCGGGCAGAGCCUCCCCAUAUAAAACUUUGUCCAGUAGACCCCACCCCCCCCCCCUCCUCCCACCACCACCACCACCUCCACCGGCUCUGUGGAAAUCUACCCCACCUCCCCACGUGUUUGGAUCUGACUGCCAUCAAAAGCAAAAUCUAUUUUGUAUGUUGAAAUUGCCAGUAACUUAAGCCAAUGCUUUAGCUUUUUACUCCAUCCCCCAGCUCCAUACCAGUAUUUUUUUUCCCCUGGUUCUGUAAUAUGAGCCAAUUGUAAUAGAGAAACAUUAAAACUUUUUUUGCAAUUGAUUUUGUCUUAACCAGAUAAUUGAAGUAGAAGGAAGACAUGAGAUUGUCUCACUUGUUGGAACUCUAGCAGAUGAAGGACAUCUUCAUGCUGCUCUCUCAGAUAAAGAUGGACAUGUUGUUGGUGGCCAUGUUAUGGGAAACAUGAAAGUUUUCACCACUGCCGAAGUUGUCAUUGGAAACUGUGACAUGCUUUCCUUUACCAGAGAAAUUGAUGAAGAGACUGGCUUUGAUGAACUGGUGGUAAAAGAAAAGGUCUGA